CGGCGCGCUGACGUCACAGCGGAGUUGCCAUGGCGUCGCUGAGCGGCCUGGCGUCGGCGCUGGAGUCAUACAGGGGUCGCGACCGCCUGAUCCGAACUCUGGGAUACUGCUGCCAGCUGCUCGGUGGGGUCCUGGUGGAACAAUGUCCUGCCAGUUCCGAAUUGGGGACGCGCCUGCUGGCUGUGUCCACCCAGCUCAGCCACUGCAGGACCGUCCUGCGACUCUUUGAUGACCUGGCCAUGUUCAUCUACACUAAGCAGUACGGCCUGGGGGCAGAGGAGGAGGAUGCCUUUGUGCGCUGGACGUCUGUGCUGGGCAACCUGGCCGACCAGCUCUACUACCCCUGCGAGCACGUGGCCUGGGCCGCCGACGCCAACAUUCUCCACGUGGACUCCUUCCGGUGGUGGACACUGAGCACAACCUUCUGGGCCCUCUCCCUGCUCCUGGGGGUGGCCAGGUCGCUGUGGGUGAUGCUGAGGCUGCGACAGAGGCUGCGGAGCCCCGUGGUGGCCUUCACCAGCCAGCUGCCGCGGAGCAAGCGGAGGGCCGUGGCAGCGCAGAUGCAGCUGGAGGCGCUGACGCUGCUCAGCAACCUGGCCGACCUGGCCAACGCCGUGCACUGGCUGCCGCGGGGCGUCCUGUGGGCCGGCCGCUUCCCGCCGUGGCUGGUGGGCCUCCUGGGCACCGUCUCCUCGCUGCUCAGCGUGUACCAGGCAGCCCAGGCCGACGCCGCCACCCCCUGACCCCGAUGGAGGGCCACCUCCCACAGAGCAAGAGUCACCAGGGCAGGGGCCGGGGCUUCCAGGGGCUGGUGUGAGGCCCCCCCAGGGCCCAGCGUGGGCUCAGUGGGGGAGGCGUCUCUCUGUGCCACAGGGGAGGACCCUGGGGCUCCUGAGACCAGCCCUGCUGUGGCAGAGUUUGCAGAGGCCACUGAGGGCCCCCGCAGCGCCUGCUAUCCUGUGUCGUGCCCAGACAAAGGCCAACAGGAGAGACAGCGUCCUGCCGCGGGAAAGCUGAAACGAGAAUCAAUUAAAUAGCGUGGU